AUGGUGGCCGUCUCAAAAGAAACCCCCGACAUGGAGAAGAACAGUGCGCACGAGAAUUGUGUCAAGGGAGUUCCUGGGGCAAAUGUUCAUCCUUUACAUGACUCAGACAAGUCUUCUGCGGACUUUCAACCCGGUGUUGAGCGGGUUCGGGCUGUCGCUUCUGUUUGGUCGAAGAAGACUCUAUGGCUCACCUUCUCCCUGCUCUAUAUGGUGUCUUUUGUUGACAUGCUCUUGACUUCCGUUCAAUUCGCACUCAACCCGUUCAUCACCUCUUCGUUUGAGAAACAUGGACUCCUUGCCAGUGUCAGCAUCGUCUCCACAAUCCUUAGUGGCUGUUCAACACUCACGCUGGCCAAGAUUGUCGACAUCUGGGGCCGCAUCGAAGGUUACCUUUUCAUGCUUGUCCUUGUUAUUGUCGGCUUGAUCAUGAAGGCAACUUGCCAAAACAUGGAAGCGUAUGUCGGCGCCCAUACUCUUUAUUGGACUGGGCACAUCGGUAUGAUCUAUUGUGUCGAUGUCAUGUUGGCCGAUAUGACUACACUGAGAAACCGAAUGAUUAUGUUCAGCAUUAACAAUACUCCCACUAUCGCGAGUACAUUUGCUGGUCCCAAGAUCGCCGACCUGUUUUAUACCAACCUGAACUUCCGGUGGGCUUUUGGAGCCUUUUCUAUUAUGAUUGUUGGAGUCAGCCUUCCAGUCGUAGUUAUCAUGAUAUUCAUGGAGCGAAAAUCCGUAAAGGCGGGGUUUCUUAAUAAAGAAAAAUCUGGCCGCACCCUGUGGGAAUCGAUCAAAUAUCAUUUCGUUCAGUUUGAUGUCGUGGGGAUUGUCCUUAUUACGGCUGCGUUCGCCUUGAUUCUCCUCCCUUUUAGUAUUGUGGUUUAUGCCCCAAAAGGUUGGGCGACUGGGUAUAUCAUUGCCAUGGAGGUCGUUGGGGUUGUCUGCUUGGCCCUAUUCGUCUGCUGGGAAAGAUUUCUUGCCCCUGUGCAAUUUCUUCCCUUCCACUAUCUCAAGCAACCUACUAUCGUUGGCUCCUGCUUGCUAUACGGUGUUAUGUUCGCGUCAGCUUUUUGUUGGAAUGCCUAUUUCAACUCUUACCUUAUCGUUGUCCAUAGGCUAAGCAUCACUACUGCUGGCUACGUUCUCAACUCGUUCUCGCUCUCGUCCGCUAUCUUAGCGCCGUGGAUUGGCUUCUUGAUUCGAUAUACCGGAAACUUCAAAUGGGCCGCGUACAUAGGUGUCCCAUUUAUGCUUCUCGGAACUGCACUCCUGAUCCCUUUCCGGCAGCCUGACACUCAUAUCGGCCCUGUAACCAUCACUCAAGUCCUUGUUGGUAUUGGUACCAGCUUCUUCUCUGUCUGCGGCCAGCUUGCCGUCAUGUCAGUCGUCAGUCACCAGGAAGUUGCAGUCGUGCUCGCAAUUUGGGGCCUGUUCGGCUCCAUCGGUGCCUCUGUUGGUCUCGCAAUUGCAGGUGCUAUGUGGAAUAACAUUCUUCCCAGCCAGCUAUAUCAGCGACUCCCGGAGGAAAGCAAGUCCUUGGCCGCUCAAAUUUUCAGAGAUUUGGAGCUGCAGAUAUCCUAUCUCGAUGGCACACCCGAACGGGACGCUAUAGUUGGAGCGUAUGCAGACGUUCAACGAAAAAUGGUUAUUGCUGGUGUCUGCAUGAUGCCGCUGGUCCUGGCUUCCAUUGUCAUUUGGAAGAAUGUCAAUAUUAAGAAGCAGGAGGAAGAGGAAG